UGUCAAGUAGACAAAUAGCUGAAACGAACCUCUAGUUACCCCGGAUAUGCCUAGCAUCUGGGUGUGGGGUAUGGGGAGAAGUGGGUAUUUGACACCCUAAAGCAGUAUAAGCAGUGAUGAGAUGAGGAGUAUUGCGGUCGUCUACCCCACGUUCUUACCCGGCAGAUUGCCAACCACCAAUAAUAAAUCCGGUGGAUAAAUGCCGACUAGGUAUAUUUGAGCUGAGUAAUGACUAGCGGAUUAUUUGACCGAGGGUCAUCAGUAGGAGUCGGAGCAUUAAUAACAACUCCCCCCUUUCCAACGAGCCUUAAGGGCUGAGACAAAUACGGUGAAUUAUUUCAUGGUCUCAUUCCAAGCCCGUCAUAUUAGGCGUAUCCUUUGCCCCCAUACAGACUUGUCUCGUUGCUUGAAAAGUGUGUGGACAUUUUGCUUGGCCAAGUAUGUUGUUUGACCAGCUUUUAGCUGGCCUGAAGGCGGGGGACAAGAGCAAUAUAUUGAGCCAGGUCUCGGUGUCGCACUUGGUUACUUCUAUCCUGCUCAUUGCCUCCGUCACACUGAUAAUCGAUUAUACUUAUAUGUUAUGGUUGCGAUCUAAGCUGCCACCUGGUCCCUUCCCUCGACCUAUUGUAGGAAACACAUUUAUGCUCCCAGAAAAAAAACCAUGGAUCUGGUUCGAGGAGCUCUCUAAGAAGUACAAUUCACCGCUUAUCACGAUAUGGGUUGGACGAAACCCCACUAUAUGGGUCAACGAUGCCUGGACGGCCUCGGAACUUUUCGACAAGCGUGCUGGGAUUUACUCGUCGCGGCCUCGUAUGCUCGUCUUCGCGGAGCUGGGUGCAGGUCAGGAUAAUCUGGUGAAUAUGUAUACGGCGACUCCCGAACAGCGUGACCGGUGGCGUGUCCACCGUAAACUCAUGCACCAAGGUGUCGGCAUACAGUCUGUCCGACGGUAUAGGGAUUUCCAGAAUAAUGAGAGUCGUGUCGUCGCAUAUGACUUGCUUCAGGCUCCGAAUGAUUAUGUCAAGCAUUUUGAACGGUACGCUACGAGCGUUGUCUCCAUAGUUGCUUUUGGGCGGCGCGUGGAGAGCUGGGACGAUCCCAUUAUUACCGAGGUUAUCGCAGUAAUGCAUUUGGCCGCCGACUUGAAUGUUCCGGGCAAAAAGUUCCCGAUGCUCAUGGAGACGUUUCCCUUUCUUGCAAAAUUCCCUAACGAGAUUGCUCCCUGGAAGUACGGCCUAGGAAAAAAGAGCACAUUCCACUUCUUCUAUGCUCUUGCCGACGAAGCUGCUAAGAAGGAGGGCCACAAGGAUUCAUUUGUGAACCACUUGCUUUCCGAAGGUCCAAAAUACAACCUAACCGAAGCCGAAAUUUCUUCAUUAACCGGAAAUCUGUUUGGUGCCGGCUCUGAUACAAGCAGUAGCACCUUGAUCACGUUCGUUCUAGCCUGCUGUGCCUUUCCAGAAGCUCUAGUGCCGGCAUGGGAAGAGUUGGAUCGUGUGGUUGGUGCACAUAGGAGUCCAGAUUGGGAUGACGAGGAGAAUUUGCCAUAUAUCAAAGCAUUUGUGAAGGAGGUACUGCGAUGGCGCUCCGUAGCCAUCAUCGGGGGUCAGCCGCACGCACCUACGCAGGACGAUUAUUACAAGGGAUGGCUAAUCCCAAAGGGUACAUGGGUCCAGGGAAAUGUUUGGGCCAUCCACCAUCACGAGCGCGAGUUCCCCGAUCCCGAUCGAUUCAACCCGAAUCGAUUUCUUCCUGGUCAUCCCGAUAGCCGACCGUUCCCAGGUGAGAGAGGAUAUAUGACAUUUGGGUGGGGUCGUAGAGUCUGUUCUGGUCAGGCACUUGCUGAACAGGGUACGUGGAUUACCGUAGCUAGGUUGCUAUGGGGAUUUAAUAUCCAGAAGAAGAAGCGGGUAGAUGGCAGCGUCGUCGAUGUGGACAUCUUCAAUUAUACGAACGGGCUCAAUAUGCGACCUCAGCCAUUCGAAUGUAGCAUUACGCCACGAAGUAAGGAGAUCCGGCAAACGAUCGAGCGGGAGGGUAAGCAGGCACUGGAAGAAUUAGAGGAAUACCGUGGGGAGACUAAAUAUCGGAUGUCAAGCUUUUAUUCCAGGAACGAUCACGCGAUGAAUUUGUACGGAGAUGGUAAGAAAGCUUGAUAGAAUAUGUAGGUAACCUAGAUAUGUAUGGACACAC